CAGUGCUGUGCAGUGGUUUGGAGAGGGGGCGGCCGACGGGCGCAUGCGCGCCGCCGCCCUGCCGCAGCGCCCCUCCGGCGGCGACCCCCUUGCCGCCCGCCCGUCUGCCAUUGGCUGCGGGCGCCUCCCGCGAUAGGCUGCGGGCGCAGCCCCCCGCGCCGCCCCAUUGGCCGGCGGCGGCCGCUAUGCGGGCGGGUCGGCGGAGCGGCGACCCGCCCCGGCGCCCUAUUGGCGGCCGCUGUGCCCCCCAGUGCCGCGGCGGCCGGUCCCGCUGCGCCGCGCCCGGCAUGGCGGCGCCCGCAGCCCCGCGCCCGGGGGCCGCAGCCGGCGGUCGAACGCCCAGGGUCGGCAGCGGCUGGGUCAUGUAGAAGAGCAGAUUUGAUGUGAAGAUGGGACUGUUGGUGUUUAUGCGUAACCUGCUGCUAGCCCUCUGCCUCUUUCUGGUACUGGGAUUUCUGUACUAUUCUGCUUGGAAGUUGCACCUUCUCAGAUGGGAGGAUUCAAAUUCAGUGGUUCUUUCCUUUGACUCCGUUGGACAUACAGUAGGCUCAGCUUUCCUUGUUGAACAGGGAGGAGAGAGAGAAAAACUGUGGCUAUUGUGCUUCCGCUGUCCAUCCCAUCUCACCUUGCUGCAGACCCAGGAAAAGACAGAGCCCAGAAAGAACCCACAGAAACAAUGGCAGCUCCAGGCCCAGCCAUUCCUAGUAGGUGAUCUUUCAGGUUGGGAAUAUGACAAACUGGGCUUUCUCCUGAACCUGGACUCAAAAUUGCCUCCGGAAUUGGCAUCCAAGUAUGCAAAUUUCUCUGAGGGAGUGUGCAAGCCUGGUUAUGCAUCAGCGCUCAUGACUGUCAUCUUCCCAAAGUUCUUGAAGCCAGCACCAAUGUUCUUGGAUGAUUCCUUCAGGAAAUGGGCGCGUAUCAGGGACUUUGUACCCCCCUUUGGAAUUAAAGGACAAGAUAAUCUGAUCAAAGCCAUCCUGUCAGCAACCAAAGAUUACCGUCUAACUCCAGCUCUUGACAGUCUCAGUUGUCGGCGGUGUAUUAUUGUGGGAAAUGGUGGAGUACUUGCAAAUAAGUCAUUGGGAUUAAAAAUUGAUGACUAUGAUGUUGUUGUCAGGCUGAACUCAGCUCCAGUGAAGGGCUUUGAAAAAGAUGUGGGUGGCAAGACGACCCUCCGGAUCACAUAUCCUGAAGGUGCAAUCCAGAAAAUGGAGCAGUAUGAGAAGGAUUCCCUGUUUGUUCUGGCGGGAUUCAAGUGGCAGGAUUUCAAGUGGCUGAAAUACAUUGUUUACAAGGAGAAAGUGAGUGCCUCUGAUGGGUUUUGGAAGUCAGUGGCAACCCGCGUCCCAAGAGAACCUCGUGAGAUACGUAUCCUGAAUCCCUACUUCAUCCAGGAGGCAGCUUUCAGCUUCAUCGGACUGCCUUUCAACAACGGCCUGAUGGGCAGAGGGAACAUCCCCACCUUGGGAAGCGUAGCAAUAACCAUGGCGCUGCACAACUGUGAUGAGGUGGCGGUAGCUGGGUUUGGCUAUGACAUGAGUUCACCCAAUGCGCCGCUGCACUACUAUGAGAACAUCAAGAUGUCUGCCAUCAAAGAGAGGAAAUGUAAACACCAGCAGUGUCCUGGUUCUGGAGGUGCUACACGUGUGUGUGUGGAUCACGGGAGCCUCUUUGAGAACAUCCAUCGAGCCCCUUCCCUUGCCUGGUGUCCGCAGGGGGAACGUGCCUGCGCAUCCUCUCUGCAAGUCCUGGACGCACAAUAUCCAGCGGGAGAAGGAGUUCCUGCGGAAGCUGGUGAAAGCCCGAGUCAUCACUGACCUAACCAGUGGGAUCUGAGUGGGUGCAGCCAUUGCCUCCAAGGGAGGAGACAGAGACGCACGUUGCAGCUCUGGGAGCCAGCACUGGCAGCCCCCCCGCAAGAAUCCCGCCUCACUGAAGACACGCAGAGAUGCCCAGGGGCUCUGGGAAGACCCUCUCGCAUUGCCAGUCUGCGUGAGGGUUGUAUCUGCUGCCUCCAGGCUUAGAGCCGACAGGAGGUGGGCAGGGGGCUGAAUGGGCCGUUCUUGAACUCUGCAUCUCAGAUGGAUCUUCUGUGUCCUGAAUUAAACAGGAAAGACUCAGGAGAGAGAAGAAAGGUUUGUGAAUAAAACGAUUUGUGCCAAAUGGGAGGUGACGCUGCCCCAAGGCAGCGAUGCCUGAAUGUACAAAGUAUUAUUUUUUAAAAGAAACUCUGCUGGAGUCAUACUAGAAAUACCAACGUGCCAGGCAAAGUCUGCUUGUGCACAGCCCUGCGAAAAGCCUGGCCUCUCCAUGCUCCAUCUGCGUUGUCACCGGCCUCAGACCUUUCCCCAGGAAAACAAAUCCGUCCAAAACUUCAGUGUUGUUGGUGCUGCUAUAAGUCAAAGGGAGAAUAAUAGCUUUCCCUCGUUCUCCACUUGGAGCUUCUGGAUGGAGAUGAGCAUGGGUUUGUUUUUCUGCACUUUUCCUUGCUUCUUGCAUAGAGGCAGCAGCAGCAGCCGCUUACUUGGCUGCGUUUUCCAUAGCCAUUUGCCCUGUUCUGCAUCUGCCCUGACCCCAGGAUGGAGCGGGAAGUCGAUGGCUUUCUCUGCCUUGGCAGACCCUUCCCACCUCCUGCCUGUCAUGGCACUGAGGAACCUGCCUCCUUGUUCUCAAGGCUUUCAGACUUCUUGGUUUGUGCCUGCUGUGCAGGACUUCCGUGCAGAUCGGUGUCACCAUUUCUGGACAGCAUCUCGCUUUAUUUUUGUGUGGGAGAGGAGUAAUUUAUUCUUUGGAAGGAGGUCAGAUCUUGCGUGGAGAUCUGAAGCUUUACAGUUUGACAGCAGGCCACCGAAGAUGUUUGUUUUAUGUUCCAGACUCAAUCAUGUUCCCUGUUUAAGUGAUGUGUGGCCUCAGUGGUGAUGGAGCUUGCUGGCACGGGUGGGGGCCUGCUGGGAAUGCUCAGCCCUGCUCACUUCAUUUCCAAGCUCCUCCAGCACUGCUGCUCCUCCUGCUCUCAGGAGCACGUCCCUUCCUUUGCUGUCUUGGUCCCAAGAUGCAGUAUUUGCACAUUUGAUUUGUAUACGUAUUUCAGAGGAGCUGGAAUAAACUGAGCAACGUGGCCAAGUGCAAAGACAGCGGAAUGGUCUUAUCAACCUGGAGAGCGUUGGCAGAAGGGGGAUUGCCAGGCGAAUGGUUACCAGUGGAAAUCAGCUCCCGUGUUUUCCAACCUGGUGCAGCCUGAACUGUGCCCACGGGCACUGUCCCAAGCCGAGUCCCUGUGUGUUGAGACACCAGCAUGCAGCCAGCCAGUGCUGGGGUCAGCAGAGGGGGAUCUGUCUUGCUCUGAGCUGAAGGGAGAACAUGGACAAGGGGUGCUCAGAGCAGGGCUUGCGUAGUUCCCCUGUGCCGCCUCUGCUCCCAAUGACUUGCAAGAGGCUGUGGCUCUGGGGCGGUGACCCCAGAGGGGACAUGCAGGGAGGGCAGGUGAUGACCCAGGCGCAGGGCAGAGGAGCAAGCUGUUCGGAAUGGUUUGAGAGCAGGCUGCAGGUAGAGGCAGCUCUCAGGAUGUGGCCCUGGGUGCUGCCCACAGACCAGUGUGCGAUAUGUCCCUCAGUAGCCUCCUGCGUGGCGUGCCUGUAGCCAAGGGGCUUGCUCAGGGACAAGUCCUGUCCAGCUUCUGGUCAUAGCUGCUGCUUGACUUGUAGUUUGAGAGCAGCUCAAAGAUCCUGCCUCAUCCAGGCUGCAGAAGACAAAUGCUGGGAGGCUCUCCCCUUUUCCCAUACUGUGUCCCUUGCCUUGUCCCUCUGGCUUCCCAGGCAGGUGGUCCCUGCUCCCCAUCUGGAUGCUCCGUGAGAUUUCCAGCAGGUUUUUGAGUACAUGCUGUGGCAGAUACUCCUCUGAAUAUUCUCUCUCAAUUUGUUUUUCCUGCUCAAGGAGCCCAAGGAGCUGGAUUUCCAUGGCUCUCGCUAGGCGACACUCCCUUCGCGGUUCCUCUGUGUCAGCCUGGACCUGGGACCAUCAUCCAUCUAGUCCCUGUCGCAGUGGCAGUGAGGGUGCCUGGGCUGGAGCUGGCUGAGGUUGUGGCUGGGGAAGGGUGGGCACCCACCUUGGUGCUUGAACUGGGUCUUUAACCAGCUGCUGUUGGAGCCCUGGGGCGGUGACUGGGUGAUCCAUAUACUACAAUGAGCUGAGAUGUCAGAGAAUGGGUGGCUGCAGCCAGGAGGAGGGGUUGUGAAGAGCCUUCAGUGUCUGUUCCUGGCUCCUCUCCACCCCCGGGGGAAGCACUGCCAUGGAGGCUUGUGAUGGCAUUAAUUUGAUAUAAUUCGUUUUAUUGAGCACUACAAAGCUAUGGGGCACCUUUAUCUUCCAGCUCACUGGCUCCAGGUCCAAGGAGAGAACAUGGCCCCUGCUCUGCUUUCCCUGGCAUCCCAGCUCCCCACCAUGGCCAGGGACAGGUCCUUAUGGGAAGCUGUCUCUGUAGACCUGGGAGGUGACUCCAAACCCUUCUGUCCACCUUGGUGGGGGUCUCCAGGCAGAAGUGCCCAGGCUGAAUAGAUGAGUGUGUGGGCCCAGGUUGACUGUGGUGGGUCAGGACCAUCUGUAAGUAGAAGGAAAAAGAGGAUGGGAGUUGUUUGGGGACCAAGGGCUCCCCUCUAACUCACUGUCCCAUUUAACAAUGGUGGGACAAACACACCCAUGGGGCAGCCCUGCAGCCGGGCACUGGGGGUGUGCACCCCAGCCCUGGGAGCAGUGCACAGCGCUGCGUUUCACUCCUGGAUGCUGCUCUGGCUGCGUCCCCGUUUGCACCUGGAGCCACCUCCCGCCCUCCGAAAUGCAGCAGUCCUGCCAGCUCGGAGCGGGUCAGAGCAGGGUCAGUGGGACGGAUGUGAGUCUUGGCCUCUCCCUCACAGUGACUCACCUUUUCAGCUCAGAAGGGAGAGCCCAGGGGAAUUCUCCACAACCUAAAUAUAGAGCAGGGUUUCCUGGCACCUCUGACACGCCGCGGAGCAGAAAGGCCACUCGGGUGGCAGGGAACCUGCCUGGAGAGAGGCCGAGGAAUUGCAGGGUGGUCAGGGAGCAGCUCCCGCAGCGGGUUUUGCUCAGGCUGGUGCAUAGAGCAGGUCUGGGGAGCUGCAGGCCAGCCAGCACAUGCUGCCUGCAGAGAGUUGCUGUUGUUCUGAACACACCAUGAGCAUGGGCUGCUCAUGCUUUUGGGGUGUACAGCCUUCCGCAGUGCCCACCACCUUGGUGUCGGGCCCCUUGCACCAGCUCACACCGUUCAGGCUGGCUGUGCUGUGGCCUCAAGCUCACGUGCCAAACAGAGGCAUCACAGCCAGGGAGCAGCGGGAUCCUCUGCAGCCCAGCAUCUUUGGGCUUCCAGUGUCUCCUUCUUCUGGGAGGUGCCAGUGCAGCUGGGAGAGGGAGAAGGUGUCAGGACAGGGCUGACUGUCCGUCUGUAUCAAACAGGAGCAGGCAGGCUGGGUAAGGGCAGCACCAGGGGACAGGCAAGGGCUUCCAGACUGCCUGGCAGGGAGGCGGCUGCCACGCUGAGCUCCACUGGCACCAGCGUGGUACAUGCCAUCGGCCCAAGAGCGCGUCACACACAGUAUUAGAGACCAGUGCAGGCAAGUGGGCCACUACCCAGCCCCUCGGGCGCUGGCUCCUUGCCCAGCCUGCACAGGGACUGCUCCAAGGGCCAGUGUGCCCGCCGGUACUGCCCCAAGCUGAGAUGCAAGAACUCAAUGAGUUUUUAAAAUUAGUUUUAGUUUCUGCAAUUUUUUUUAAUUUCCCCUCUAGGCAGGGAGGGCAAGAGUCUUGCAGGCUCCUCCAAGCCGGCUUAUGUCACAUCAAUUCAGUCAUAUCACAGAAGCAAUAAAGCUAUCAAACAAA